CUCCCCCUGGCGUCCAGCCCCUUUGUCCUCCUGCAGCUGAGCGUGAGCGGCGGUCCAGGCACAGCAGCUAGGACAUUGGAUCCCAGGCUGCCAGGGGUUCCGGUGGCAGGACGGACUGGAAUGGUCCCUGCAAGAGCAGCAGCUUCGGGGCGCCUGGGAGAGGGGGUGGCCAGGUAAGUGCUUAGGACACAGGGCUGUCCUGUGUGGUGUCUACAAAUCUAAGCAUGCUUGUGUGAGUGGGUGUGUAAAACAGGCAGGGUGGCAUGUCAACGUUUAGGGGCUGGGUGCCUCAGUCUGCAUCAGGACCUACGGCUUGAGAUGCCUAGACUCUUAGCUGGAAUGGGAAAAUGCUGGAUCGAGCCCUGCCUGGAAUUCCUACCUUCCAUGUUCCAACUGGGCACCCUCCAGCUUCCAGAAUGGGAAUAACCAGGGUGGAAACUGGGUCUGAGGUCCCCGUGUGUCCAGUGCCCAGAGCAGUAGACAGCUGUACAAUGAAUGAAAAAGUACUGGUGCACUUCCCAAGAGAGGACGCCCUAACAGCCCCUAGUGCCCUACAACAUCUCUGCAGGCAGAAGUUCCUCCUCAUGCUGAGAUCUACCCUCUUGUAUCUCAGCUCAGAGUGUGGCUGCUUUCUCAGUUCAGGAAGAGGAGAAUGGGGGCAGCAUGCUCUGAUAACCUCUCUCACCUCCCUCAGCUGGUCCCAGGCUGCUCCUUGGGACACGCCCCCACUCUAGCAAAUGUGGCUGAGCUGCUGGGCUUGCAGAGUGUGAAGCCAGGUGCAGUGUCUAGUCCCUCUACUUAGGCAAAGCUAAUUUUCCAAGACCCUGCCCACCAGAGAGCUCAUUUACUGUGAUUCUGAGGCAGGGGAUCCACUGCCCAGUAUGACCUGGGCAAAUCUGAUCUCCAGGGCAGAGUGGUAUCAGAGAAGGGAAAGCAUCUGGGAUCAGGAGAGUGAAGGGAGAGGCAAGGGGGCAUUGGCCAGAGCUAUGCUCCCCUGGGGUAAGUUACCACAUAAAGGAGUGAGCUCCCUGUUCCUGGAGGUGUGCAAGCAGAGGCAGUAUGUUUAUAACGGCCAAAUCAUGACUGACACAGUACAACCCUUCAGUCUGUAGAGUGCUUGCACAAACACCCCUCCUUUGAUCCUCACAGAAACCUCUGAAAGGCAGGUUCCCUCUGUGUACUUGUUUGCACAUGACAAACUUAAAAAGGGUGAGGCUCUAAAGAAACUUUUCAGGGUUGUGAGGAUCAAAUGAAAUUAUAUACAAAAAAAGCAACUAAGUGUGUUCCCUUCCUCUUGACUAAAAGCAAUGUAAAGAACAUUUGUUGAAUUUGUACUAUGCACCUAGCACUUUUCAUACAUUCUAUUUAAGAGUCACAAAAUCACAACUCUGUGAGGUGAGCAUUUAUGAUCUCAUUUCAAAAGAGGAAACGGAAGGGAAGUGAUUUGCACAGGUGAUUUACAUUGACUCUCACACAGUGUUAGCGGCAGGAUUAGAACCCGGAUCAGUCCUUAGAGCCAACCCUUUUCUACUUUUCCACAGUGCUUCCUUGGGAACAGAGUGCCGACUUCCCUCUCGGCCUGGGCUCUAACCUCAUAUUCUCCUUCUCCCUGGGCCUAUGCACAGGCUGUUUUCUCAGCUGGAGACAUUCUCCCUCCACUUCCCUCCCUUCAUCUGACAAAUUCUACCCAUCCUCAGUCCAAAGAUACCCUCCUCGGGGGUAUCUUCCUUGACUCUUCCCUCCAACUGGGUUUAGUGCCCCUUUUAAGAGCUCCCCUAAUAUUCUAUACUUCCCAUGGGACUCCCCCGCCCCGCCAAACUAUGGGCUCCUAGAGGGCAAGGAACCAUGACUGCCUUGCUCACUGCCUGGCACAGAAAAUGUUCUCCAUACGUAUUUAAUACAUUCACUCGACUUUGAACAGGUAUUGAGCACCUGCUAUGGGCCAGAGCCUUGCUGUUGGGGGAGGGGCAGGUAUUAAAUGGAACACACAAUCAGGGUUUGGUCAACGGGCAGCACCUACAGGAGAUGGGCAGGAGAUGGGCCUGAGACAGGAUGGGGUGAGGAAAUGGAGGUAGUGUUAUACCGCUCCACACACUUUGGGUCUCUGUAGGGUAUCCUGAAUUCCUUGACCAAAGGCUACAGCUCCUAUCAGGGACCCUUCCCUAUACAGAUGUAUUGUACAGGGUCCAGUAGCCUCCCAGCCCCUUCAGACCUUGGGAGAGAUAAUGACUCCCUGGAGUUGGUAGCCACGUGGUACUGCCGCGUCCCUUGUGGGAGUCCCUAAACACUGUCUACACUUUUGAAAUCAUUCCUUUAUUGGACCCUCUUCAAAUUACCCCAAAUGAAAGCGUGCCAGCUGUCUCCUGUCAAUACUAAUAGGAAAAAGCUUGGCAAAUCUGAAAAGCAGGAAGGGCAAUACGGCUGAAGUGGGUGAGGAAAAGGUGCUACAGCUAAGGCAGGGCCUACUAGAUCCUUGCAGCCUGCCAUUAGGAGUCUGGGUAGGAGAGUGGAAGGAAGAGUAGUUGAACGAAAGCACACUGCUUACCUUCACGCCUGCCUGUGAUGAGGGGCCUCCUGCCCGUUUGGCCCCAGGCAGGUGAAUUUUCCGACGCUAUUUGUGCUGUUCUCUACCCAGCAGGAUGCUAGAGGGCCCCUUGCUGGAGGAGUCAGAGCCGGGCGCUGAGGGGCCGUGCGCGGGUUCCUGCCACGCGCAGCGCGUCCUGCAGACCCUCAACGCCUACCGGCGCAGCCGCACCCUCACCGACGUGGUGCUGCGCGCCGGGGGCCGCGACUUCCCAUGCCACCGAGCCGCGCUCAGCGCGGGCAGCGCCUACUUCCGCAGCCUGUUCGCAACCGGACAGCCGGAGCAUGGCCUGUCCGUGGUGCCCGUGGUGCCCGAGGCGCCCGGCGCGGGGCUGACAGGGACGGCGGCGGCGCUAGCCGCGGUACUCGACUACGUCAUGCGCUGGGUGCGUCACGACGCGCCGGCCCGACGCGGGCAGCUGCGGCGGCUGCUGGAGCACGUGCGCCUGCCCCUGCUGGCGCCCCACUACUUCUUGGAGAGGGUGGAGGCUGACGAGCUGCUGCAGGCCUGCGGCGAGUGCCGCCCACUGCUGCUCGAGGCCCGUGCCUGCUUCAUCCUGGGCCGAGAGUCCGGUGGGCUACGUACGCGGCCACGGAGAUUCAUGGACCUAGCUGAAGUGAUCGUGGUCAUUGGCGGUUGUGACCGCAAGGGGCUUCUGAGGUUGCCCUUCGCAGACGCCUACCACCCAGAAAGCCAGCGCUGGACCCCGCUGCCCAGCUUGCCUGGCUACAUGCGCUCAGAGUUUGCUGCCUGUACUCUCCGCAAUAACAUCUAUAUCUCAGGAGGUCACAUCAACAGCCAUGAUGUGUGGAUGUUUAGCUCCCAUCUGCACACCUGGAUCAAAGUGGCCUCACUGCACAAGGGCAGGUGGAGGCACAAGAUGGCGGUCUUACAGGGACAGCUGUUCGCAGUGGGUGGCUUUGAUGGCCUGCAGCGCCUGAGCAGUGUGGAGCGCUACGACCCCUUCUCCAACACCUGGGAGGCAGUGGAGCCGCUCCUGGAGGCCGUGAGCUCGGCAGCAGUGGUGCCCUGUGCUGGCCGGCUCUAUGUGAUCGGGGGUGCCAGACAGGACGGUGUCAGCACAGACAAGGUGCAGUGCUUUGACCCCAAGGAGGACCAGUGGAGCCUGCGGUCGCCAGCCCCCUUCUCACAGCGAUGUCUUGAGGCUGUCUCCCUUGAGGACACCAUCUAUGUGGUGGGGGGCCUCAUGAGCAAAAUCUUCACCUACAACCCUGGUACAGAUGUCUGGGGGGAGGCAGCUGUCCUCCCCAGCCCCAUGGAGAGCUGUGGUGUGACUGUGUGUGAUGGGAAGGUCCAUAUCCUUGGUGGGCGGGAUGAUCACGGAGAAAGCACCGACAGAGUCUUCACCUUUGACCCCAGCAGUGGGCAGGUGGAGGCCCAGACAUCUCUGCAGCGCUGCACCAGCUCCCACGGCUGUGUCACCAUUGUUCAGAGCAUGGGCAGGUGACUCAAACUUGGAAAACCUGAGCCAGGAGGCAGAGAGAGAAGGCAGAACUCAGGCUCACUACUGUGCUUGUCUCAUGGCACCUCUAUUGUAAAUAGCCCCUUAACUUAUUGCCCUUCUUUCUUAUAGAAAUAAAACUUCAUUUAAAGGUUGGGUCUGUGUUCCAGCUCAAGCCUGCUUUGCCUGGAGAAGUGUCUACUCCUUGCCUUGACUCUUUACAAAGCACCUUCACGUUACCUCAUUUACCUUCAUAAUAGCAGUGUGGACAUAAUUUUUUAAAUUAUGAAAUACUUCAAGAAUAUUUAAUUUUGUACAGUUUAAGAAUAAUAAAACAUCUGUGUUCCUACUACUUAGCUUAAGAAGUAGAUGUUACAGCCACACUGGUCAGGACACAUAUCCAGGUCGCAUGUUUGAUCCCUGGUCGGGAUGCGUGCAGAAGGCAACCAAUCG